GCCAGCCUCAGUCACGAUCAACACCCAUCGCGGAAUAAGUUCAAGUGUGUUCGGGCGUACCGCUGUACGGGCGACUCUCUGCGUGUGCCGUUGCAGUACCAAGCGCUCUAGCCAGUGUGUCCGGUCGAAUUACUAAGUAGUCGGUGUGCAAAUCGCCGAUAAUCGCGCGUACACUCCGCCAGGAACUGGGAUUUUUACCGACUCGUCUCCGACGCGCCGCCGGCCAGCGGGCGGACGAAUCGAUUUCGUGUUUCGAAUUGAUCUUGAAGAAACACGCACAGCGCGAUCAUGUUGCGCUUGACGGCGUUGUUGCUCUGUGCGGUGGCUAUCUGCAUUGGGAUUUUAGGCGAUGUGCAGGCGUUGCAGGAUGGAGGAAUCAGUGGAGGCGCAGUUUCGCAUUUUGAGCCCCAAGUGGCAAUCUUGUGCGACCCGGGUCUACAUGGCCAGGAAACCUACCAUCCGCAAUACAUGACUGAGCAGGGCAGAUGGCAAACCGACCUCAAUUCCAAGGCUACCUGCCUCAAGGAUAAAAUGGAUGUUUUGGACUACUGUAAAAAGAUGUAUCCGAAACGAGACAUCACCAACAUCGUUGAAAGUAGUCACUACUUGAAGAUUGGCUCUUGGUGCCGAACUGGAUCUACUGUUGGCGCUCAGGCACGUGGCAAGUGCAAGACUGCAAGAUGGGUUAAACCUUUCAGAUGUCUAGAAGGACCAUUCCAGUCUGACGCUUUGCUGGUACCGGAGAAUUGCCUCUUCGAUCACAUCCACAACCAGAGUAACUGCUGGACGUUUGGACGAUGGAACGCAACCGCUGCGAAUGCUUGUCAGGAGCGAGGACUCCAGCUGCGCUCUUUCGCAAUGCUAUUGCCGUGUGGAAUCUCACUCUUCAGCGGUGUGGAGUUUGUCUGCUGUCCGAAGCACUUCAAAGACAACAUGAAGCCGGUGAAGAAACCAAUCGAUCUUGCCAUUCUGAAGAACGACCAAGAUCUUUUGGACGCCGAUGAUGAUUCUAUGGAUUCAGACGAAGACGACGACAAAGACGACCUGGACGAUCUGGGCGACGACACUGAACUCGCCGAUGACCCUAACGUGGACGACUUGGACGAUGAAGAUGAUGAUGAGUACGACGAUUCCGAUCAGGACUGGGAUGUCACACCGUCGUCAACCACGUCGACACCGAAACCCACGCCGCCGCCGCCUUCGACUACUACCACCCCCUCAACAACGUCCAUGCCCACGCCAGAUCCCUACUUUACGCACUUUGACCCGCGCAACGAGCAUCAGAGCUACAAGGAGGCGCAGGUAACGAAUGAGCGGCUCGAGGAGACGCAUCGCGAGAAAGUCACGCACGUGAUGAAGGACUGGUCCGACUUGGAAGAGCGCUACCAGGACAUGCGGGCGACUGACCCCCGUGGCGCCGACGCCUUUAAACAGCGCAUGACUCAGCGAUUCCAGCAGACUGUUCAAGCGCUCGAGGAGGAAGGCGACGCCGAGAAACAUCAGCUUGCUGCUAUGCAUCAGCAACGCGUUCUGGCGCACAUCAAUCAACGGAAGAAGGAAGCGAUGGGCUGCUAUACCCAGGCUUUGAAUGACCAACCACCAAAUACUCAUCGCGUGCAGAAAUGUCUGCAGAAGUUGUUGCGUUCGUUGCACAAGGACCGUGCCCAUGCCAUCACUCAUUACAGACACUUGCUGUCGAGCAGCCUGGAAGCUGCCGCCCGUGAGCAGCCCAGAACUUUGGAACGCCUCACGGACAUUGACCGCACCGUCAAUCAAAGCAUGCAAAUGCUGAAACGCUUCCCGGAACUGUCUGCCAAGAUUGGACAGUUGAUGGAUGACUACAUCCAAGCGCUGCGCUCGAAGGACGAGACGCCCGGUGCGUUGCUCGCCAUGACGGCGGAAGCCGAGCAGGCCAUUCUGGAUAAAUACCGUGAUGAGGUUGUCAGCAAGCAGCAGGAGCGCGAGCGACAGAGGCUGCAGGAGAAAGCCCGCAAGGAGCAACGUAAGAAGGAGCGCACUGAAUUACGUGAGGAGAAGAAGCGCGUCGAAGCUGUUCUCGGCAAGAAGAUUAGCAACUUUGACGCUGAGGACAUGGAAGAUGAAUCGUUGCCGGAAGACAAGACCACUAUGUCGUCCACCUUCGGCAGCACCGUCUCUGAAAUUAUGAGCAAUUCGAUUUCGACCGUAGAUGAUGAAGAUGUACCACCGCGUCAUCGUGAAGUUGAUGAUGCCGCUGUGCAGCAAGCUGUCGAGGAUGUUGCUGCUGUGGCCCAUCAACAGGACGUGAUUAGGAUUGCGCAUGCAAUGACUCAUGAUUUCGGUCAUGGCGAACCCAGCUACUCCGUUCAUCGCGAAGUAUACGGGCGUCGGGAUGGUCGUAGCGUGUACUUCACACUGGCAUUCGCUGGAAUGGCCCUGAUGGCCGCAGUUGUCGUAGGCGUUGCAGUUGCUAGGCGCCGAUCAGCGCGGUCCCCACAAAGUCAAGGAUUCAUCGAGGUAGAUCAGGCGGCUACGCCUGAGGAAAGACAUGUCGCCAAUAUGCAAAUCAACGGUUACGAGAAUCCCACUUACAAAUAUUUUGAAGUGAAGGAGUAAGCAAACGAUGCGACGGGCGUGCGUCGAGAUCUGUAUAACAAAAUGAAAAGAUUAGUGUAGUAGGGCUUUAUUUUUCGAAAUGCAUAUUUAGGCACUGGGGAAUUAACAUUCCCUGCUGCUAGGACUCGAGUGAAAUAAGUCAUUAACCAAAUGCCAGGCAGACUAGAUCUAACACCUCAUAACAGCAUUCAACAACGUAAUCAACAAGAAACGUAAUCAAAAACAAAUAUACAAUCUCCAAGCAGCAGGGAUUCGUUUGUUGUGUUUCGUUUUGUAUGUUAUUUUUUAUUAUUAACGCCGGUGACGCCGAGUAUUUGUUACGUUUUUAUUUUUGUGUUCGUUUCACGUAUGCCAUAUCAAUAUUUUAUUGUACGUAGUCCUUAGGUUUAUAAUACGAAUCAUUCCACGUACACACACUCACGGUUUUUGUAAUUGUUGUUAUGUUGUCAUCGUACUUAAUAUUUUUCCACUCGAAAUGAUGCACCACGUAUGAAGAGCAAACUGGGCCGCGCAUCCGACGCCCGCCGACGCCGCGCGUGCCGCUGCUAGAGCACAUUAUAGAAAAUAACCAACUUAUCACCGCAUAAUCUAUAAUAUAGAUAGAGCUAUACCUAAGAGGACAACCAUAAUGAAAUCAAUAUUAACUUAAACGACGAGUUGGUUCGAAAGUGUCUUAGUAGAGUUCAAGAAAAUCGUCACGCGUCGCGCGCUUUCAUCGUCGGCCGCCGUCGGAUUCGUACAUAGCCGUAGCUUACAGAGAGUAUUUAUAAGCGAGGAAAAGAAGCAAAAAAUAACAAUAAUAUUUAAUACUUAUUUCACAUGUGCAAACGUUUUUGGAAUGGCGGCGAGUGCGUUACGUAGAACGCCUCCGAUGCACCUGGAAGCAUUCUGCACGUGUCAGUCCAUGUUUUUGAAGAAAACUUUAUUACUUAACAACUUUAUUUGAAAUUCAGAUUAAAACUAAACUUGAUCGAUAAAUAUGCUACAGCAGCUGGUCCAGAGGGAAGGAAUCUUUGUGCAUUUCAUUGCGAAGAGUGCAGGUGGACGUCGACGGCAUGGGUUGUUCACGCGCGAAGAUUGCUUUCUUGAGGAAAGAGCCGCGAUAAUAAUCGUAAUCAUAUAAUUUAGUCAACGGAGUGUCGUGAGAAGUUUAUCCCUAUUCGAGGGGCGACCGCACGGCCUUUGUGGGCAAAGCAUUCGCAAACCUUGCGAGUUGUAAGUUGUACUCAAGAACAAUAACUACAAAUCUAACAAAAAUAUUCAAGCUUUUGCGAUGCGUCGUGCUUUUCGCGAUACUUCAUCAAAUUAACAUUGUAGCUAGAUGUAAACGGUAUAUUUAUAGACCCUCCAUAACUUGAAAAUACCUAGAUUAUAUAAACGAUGCAUGUCUAACCUUACCUUGAUUCAAGCUUUUUGUACAAAGUAAUUAUUUUUAUUUAUUGAUAUUGAUUAUACAUAAAGUAUAUAUAUAUAUUAUAUAUAAAAUAUACAUAAACCGCUUCGUCACGGAACCGCUCCCGGCCGUAUAUUUAGUAAGUAACCGUUGCGAACGAGGGCGGCGCUCUUAAUAUUUACAAACUAAAAAUAUGAAUAUGAGACAAAACAAACAUGAAAGAAUUAUGAUAUACAUAAUACAAAAUGAUACAUGAUGAUGAGCACAAUAAUUAAUUAAAUGAAUUGAGAAAAUUUGCGCAGUGCGAUGGGUCUAUCUUAAUGUUUAUGUAAAAAUGUUUAUAAAUGCAAAUUUAAAAUGAAGAGUUUGCAGAGAAAACGCGUUAGGCAGGCAUAUGAAAAAUCUUAAAUCUUGCAAUCGAUUAUGCAUAACACAUAAAUAUAUUUAAGCCAAUAAUUUUUGGGUCCGUUAUGGAAAUAAUUUGGAAAUACUCUUCGCACGUCUGUGAAUAUACUACUUGAAACUAACUUGUAUGUCUUUCUUUCGACAAUGAGUGUGUUUUUUACCGUUUCCGUGCAUACAUCAUAAUGGUAUUGAAUUUGAAUUCGUGCGUUCGUUAUUAUUUUAAAUUUAAAACUCAUGGAUUGCAAAGCAUACAAACAAGUUUUAAACAAAAGCAAAUCAUACUGGUGCAAACGUACGAAUUCGACGCAGAGGUGAAUGCAAGUUUACUUUUCGUUGAAUUCGCGUACGUGAAAAUAUCUUUGCGAGAACGCAACGUUUUGUCCAUACUUACGUACUACACGUGUAACGACAGCAUUUGUUUCCAAUAUUCUAAUUAUUACGUUCACACAACACAGCCGUCGAGUCAUUGAUUGAUUGGUGAAUGUAACAAGCAAACCGAUGUUCUUUAUAUCUUACUACGAAUCUCUGACUAUCUAUCAAUAGCAUAAUAAUAAAAUAAAAUUAACGAUAGAUAGUGAAGAAUCUAAAGAAUUAAUUAAUGAAAAAGUGUGUCGUUCGAUGUGAAUACAAUAUAAAACAUAGCGUUUAGGUUCUUAUAAAAGAAAAAUGAUCAAAAUUGAUAUGUUGAAAACGAAAUAAUAUGCAUUCUUGGGAUCAUUAUGUGUUUAAUGUCCAAAAACAAAGCGAAAUAAUCUAAGCGUGAACAUUCAACACCGUUUUCGUCUUAUUAAAAUUAUAACUGCAAACAUGAUCGAUCCGCAAAUUGAAAAUUAUUAGUGUUAGACACCUAGUAAGUAUAUGUUUUGUGGCCAUGUAAUUUUAAAUUUAAUGUAAUAAAGAAUUAAUUAUUUUAGAUUUACUCAAA